ACCUGGUUUCUCGUUCCGCUAGCGUACCACGAGUUAUGAGUCUAAUGAAGAGUCGGAGAAUGCCGGUUUUCUUGGGCCCUGUGGCCUAGGCAUCCGUUAUAAACAUACUGUGCUCUGUUGCGAUGUUUUUGGUUUGGCCACUUUUUUCUCCGGGUUUUUUUCCUUCUUUUUUCUUCUUUUUUUUGCAUCGUCUUAUGAUUCCCCCUGCCAUUUUUGGUUUGCAAUUCAUAUUGAGGCGCCUCGAUCUUGUUUACGAUUUUGCUGGAUCUUCAAACACUACUCAUGCCUACGCCUGCACUACCUUAUGCUGUACGGUGGUGAAAGCUGAGGGAGUUCCAUGCACGGCGAGGGCGAUUGGCUUGGAGCUUGCGGUACCUUAUUCGGGUUGGCUGUUGUACAUGGUUUCUCGCCGCUGUACCUACGAUUACGAUUCUGGCUUGGUGAGCUGGAGGGGAUUGUCACGUCCUCACUCUGAUCCGGACCGUACCUAUUUUAACAUCUUAAUACUUCACUCCUAUACCGUGUGUUCUAUACAUUGUGUGCGUGGGGGGUGGAUUUCCUCGGUAUUCUGUCUGCACGCUGACGCCCGAUUUCCGAGAGAAUCUGGAUUCUUCAGAAAAGUUGUGUAUUGUGCUUGGAACUCAACGCUCCUGGAGUCCGUAAUUCACCAGUCAUCGGCGUGACUCACAGGACCACGAUGCAAGCCGAGAAGUACGAGGUACUGUGUGUGUGACGUACUGAUGUUACUUGUUACCUUAGCUUCCAAAUUGAAGACCUACCUUAUUGGACUCGCA